CGUGAGACGCGUCGCGCGUGCAUCAUCCUGCGCAUACAGCUUACCCCCUCGUCUCGAGCACAGUGUCUCUCCUGCCUUGUGAUUGCAUCGGUGUUUUGCACCCUUCUUUACCCCGACACCGCUGGAAAGACACGAUGGCAAACUUUCACGCUGUUCUACUUUUUGAAUUGUUAUGUCGAGUUCUGGGACUGAACAAUGAAGGCCCAGGGACAACGCAUCAUCACAGCCAUCAUGAGGCUGAGCAUGUGGACCAUUACACCCCAGAGCUGGACUAUAAGCAUCCGCAGUGGUGUCAUUCAUUGAAACUAUCCAACGGGGAGCUGACAUGCUCCUCGCCCCGUGGGGGGAAUAGUAGGAGCUCACUGGCCACACGCUGCCUAUUGUCUUGUGACCGGGGGUAUAAACUGCUGGGUCGAUCAUCCGUGCAAUGCAUGGCCAACCGCCGCUGGUCCGGAACAGCUCACUGCCGAAAGGUGCGCUGCCAUGUGCUACCUCUGGUCGAGCAUGGUACCUACAGCUGCAACAAAGGCUUUGUGGUUGACUCCAGGUGUGACUACACAUGCUUUCAGGGCUACCAGAUUGAAGGGGACCACUAUCGUGUUUGCCGGGAGGGAGGGACCUGGAGUGGAGCAGAGCCAACCUGUGCAGAUCAUGAGCCUCCCAAACUGAAAUGUCCUUUGUCCAGAGUGAAGGUAGCAGAACCAGGAAAACUCACUGUCACAGUGUCCUGGGAUCGUCCUGUUGCCACAGAUACUGCUGAAAGAUCGCUACAGCUCUUUCGAAAUGGACAAGAAUCCAAUUCAGAAUUUAGCGAGGGAGAACAUGUCAUUCGCUAUAAGGUAUAUGACCAGGCCCGCAACAUGGCCUCCUGCAAAUUCACAGUGCGUGUUGAAGUGAAGAGAUGUCCAGUGUUAAAGGCCCCCCUGCAUGGAUACCUGAGCUGCUCUUCUGACGGGAAUAAUUACGGAGCUGUGUGCGAGUACCACUGUGAUGCUGGCUAUGAGAGAAGUGGCGUGGCUACCCGAGUGUGCCUGCUGAACCGUAACUGGUCCGACCAAGCCUCCGACUGUGUCAUGAUGGAGAUAAAAACUGAUGUCAGGUCAGCUGGGGCCCUGCUUGACCAGUUCUAUGAGAAGAGGAGACUUCUUAUUGUGUCCACCCCAAGCGUAACUGACCAGUACUACAAGCUUCAGAAUAUCAUGAUACAGACAGCAUCAUGUGGUCUGGACCUUCGCCAUGUGACAGUGAUUGAGCUGUUAGGCACUCCACCGAAAGAAGUGGGCCGGAUAAAAGGGCAGUACCUAGAGGCUGAGGUUAUAGAGGGUCUCAGGCAGGCUCUUCAGAUCAGCCGGUCCUACUUCACUAUGGUGCUGGUGGAUGAAAUGGGGUUAGAUCGGGAACGUUUCGUCAAUCCCACGACGUCGGAGGAACUAUAUUCUUACAUUGAGGAGUACCUACUCACGGAGGAGGAGCAAGAGAGGCUGGAGGUAAACAGAGACCUCUGUGACUAAGCUCAGAAUGGGCCACACCAGCACUCGGCACAAGAGAGGACACAACUAGCAAAGCUGUGCUUUGUAGAAAUACUACAUUAAAUGAUUAGUUAUUGUUGUUUUCAUACGCAAUAAAUCAUUAUCUUGACUGUGGUGUCAACGUCAGUAUAUGUGGGUAGACUUUUAGUAAGUGAUUUAUUUAGUAAGUUUAUAAUGGGUUAUGUUUAUUAAACUUUUUAGGUGUCAAGGUAUUUCAAAAUUCCCAGCCUACAGAACAGACAACAGAUGAUGGAACAUGUAAUUUAAUAUUUAUUUAGUGCACUUUGUAUAUAUUAUUUGAGAGGUGCUUAGUAUGGCCAGAAGCUAUAGCCACUAACAACUAUGCUAUUAGACAGUAAAUAAUUGCCAUAUAUACAUUGUCUUUCAGUUUUGUUUUGUUUUUUUUACUACUUAAUUUUAUAGAAAAUAGUGAAUAAAUACUACUGCGUAAGAUAAAAGAUUGUCUAGUUAAUCUACCUUGAGUUUGUACUUUUCAUAAUGAAAUGUACAUUUAUUUUUUAAAACAAAGAUUUACAAAUAUGCAAAAUAAAAAAAAAGUUUCAUUUUAAAAUUUAA